AUGGCUAGUGUUCAAGAUAUUUCUGUUUCAGCUGUGAUCAACCUUAUAUCUGCACUUGUUUUCCUUUUGGCCUUUGCAAUUGCACGGCUUCAGCCAAUCAAUGACAGAGUAUACUUCCCUAAAUGGUAUUUGAAGGGUAUACGAGCAAGUCCUAGAAGUUCUGGAUCAUUUGUGAAUAAAUUUGUCAACUUGGACUUGAGAACAUACAUUAGGUUCUUGAACUGGAUGCCUGCAGCUCUAAAAAUGCCUGAACAAGAGCUUAUAGGUCAUGCUGGUCUUGAUUCUGCAGUCUAUAUACGUAUUUACCUUCUUGGCUUGAAGAUCUUUGUUCCUAUCACACUACUUUCUUUUGCGGUUUUAGUGCCUGUUAAUUGGACUUCUGGGGAAACAUUAGAUCACAUUGAAGAUCUAACGUUCAGUAACAUUGACAAACUUUCCAUAUCCAAUAUUCCUUCAGGAUCAAAGAGGUUUUGGGCACACGUGGUGAUGGCUUAUGUAUACACAUUUUGGACCUUGUAUAUUCUGUACAAAGAAUACAAGAAAAUAUCAACAAUGAGACUAGAUUUUCUUGCCUCUGAAAAACGUAGGCCAGAUCAGUUCACGGUCCUUGUUAGAAAUGUCCCACCCGAUCCUGAUGAAUCAGUGAGCAAGCAUGUUGAGCAUUUUUUUCGUGUCAAUCAUUCAGAUCAUUAUCUUACACAGCAGGUUGUUUACAAUGCCAAUAAGCUUGCUAAAUUGGUGGAGAAGAAAAAGAGUAACCAUAAUUGGCUUACUUACUACCAAACCAAGUAUGAGAGAGACCCUGAGAAGAAACAAAAAAUUAAGACAGGAUUUUGGGGGCUUUGUGGAAAAUCUGUGGACGCCAUCGACUAUUAUACAACUGAAAUUGAGAAGUUGACCAAAGAAGAAGCUGAAGAAAGAGAAAAGGUUAAAAGUGAGCCCAAUGCAAUCGUUUCUGCAGCAUUUGUCUCGUUUAACUCUCGUUGGGGAGCAGCUGUAUGUGCUCAAACACAACAGUCAAGAAACUCAACCAUUUGGUUGACAGAAUGGGCUCCUGAACCACGUGAUGUCUAUUGGGAUAAUCUUUCAAUACCAUAUAUUCAACUCUCUGUACGGAGACUGCUAAUGACUGUUGCUUUAUUCUUUCUUACUUUCUUUUUUAUGAUCCCGAUUGGAUUCGUUCAAGCAUUUGCAAGCAUUGAUGGCAUCAGAAAGGUUCUUCCAUUCCUGAAGCCAUUAAUAGAUAUGGAUUUUGUAAAAUCAUUUGUACAAGGUUUUCUACCCGGGAUUGUAUUAAAGAUAUUUCUGAUUCUUCUUCCUAUGAUUCUAAUGAUCAUGUCAAAAAUAGAAGGCUUUACAUCACUAUCAUCUUUGGACAGAAGAUCAGCAGCUAAAUAUCAUUUGUUUGUCAUUGUAAAUGUCUUCUUUGGAAGUAUCAUUACUGGUGCCGCAUUUGAACAGCUUGACAGGUUUCUCCACCAGUCUCCAACAGAGAUCCCAAAAACCAUUGGUGUAACUCUUCCGAUGAAAGCUACUUUUUUUAUCACUUUCAUAAUGGUUGAUGGCUGGGCUGGAAUUGCAGCGGAGAUCCUUAGAUUGGUUCCUCUAAUCAUGUUUCACAUUAAAAAUACAUUUCUAGUAAAGACGGAGCACGACAGGGAGGAAGCAAUGGACCCUGGAUCAUUGAACUUUUCUGUAUCAGAACCUCGCUUACAACUCUACUUCCUACUAGGCCUUGUCUACGCAGUGGUCACACCAAUACUCCUGCCUUUCAUCAUUAUCUUCUUUGCCUUUUCUUAUAUGGUUUUCCGCCAUCAGAUCAUUAAUGUGUACGAUCAGAAGUAUGAGAGUGGUGCAUCAUUUUGGCCAGAUGUCAAUCGUCGUAUACUUAUAGGUUUGGUCAUUUCCCACCUUCUAUUAAUCGGUCUACUGAGCACCAAAGAUGCUUCCCAAUCAACCCCAUUGCUGAUAGUACUUACAGUUUUGACAAUCUGGUUCCAUAAGUUUUGCAAGGGAAGAUUUGAGUCUGUGUUUGUCAAAUUCCCAUUGCAGGACGCGGUGGUGAAGGAUACAGUUGAACGGACCACAGAACCAAACUUUAACUUGAAAGAAUAUCUCCAGGAUGCUUAUUUGCACCCUGUUCUCAAAGGGGUUGAUUUUGAAGUAUUGAAAGAGCUUGACGAUGAGGAGAAAAAUUCACUUGUUGCUACCAAGAGGACAUCUAGACGGAGUAGUAAGACUGUUUCUAAUGGCACUUCUGAAGAUCAGAAGACGGUCUCAGAGAUUCAGCUCGUAUUUUAAUUUGUCACCAAAUUAAAGCAGUUAAAAAAUAGCAUUCAUUUGUUUUAUUUCCUUUAUAGCUUGUGUUAGGCCUUCUGUAUCAAAAGAUGGCAGUGAAAAUGUCAUGUAGUAUAUAUACUUAAGAUCAAAAUGAACAG